AUGACUUCCGCGUACGACGAGGCGGCCGCUACGACGACGGAGCACGAGAAGACGAAGCUCGCCGGCCGAGAGGUGGACAACAAGCCGGGGACUCCACCCGGCAUGGAAGAGAAGAGAUCGUCGUCGCCCAUCAGUCUGGCAACAGGUGAUCGUGCCACCGGCGGCGAGGAGUCGUUCGCGGCCUCCUCCUCGGCGGAGAUUCUGCCCGGUGAGUCGCUCGACGAGGAGGACUCCGUCGCGAGCGUGCACGACGAUGACGACGAGGAGGAGACCGGUGGACGCGAGGGAGACGACGAUCCGGACGAUCCCAAAGCGGAUCCGGACUGUUCCUCGAGUUCGUUGAACGAAUUGUCGGACGACACCUCGCGAAUGGAUAGAUCCAGGAAUAAAGGAUCUUCUUCCGAGGACGAGCGGGAGGAGGCCGGCGGAAGCGGAUCCGUAUCGGCGAGCGUCAUCGGGCAGCCGAAGAAUGCGGCCACGUGCGGAAAGGUGAAGGAGCAGGCUGAAAGGAAUCUGAGCGCGGGGGCGGAGCGAGUGCAGGAGCGGCGCGACGACGCUUCCGUCGUCGUCGAGGAGGAGCCCCGGGGCGGGGAUUUGGGGCGAACUCGGUGCGAGGAGGCGCAGGAGGAGCCCCGUCCGGAGGACGCGCAGGAUCAGGUCGAGAUCAGGGAGAUCGUUCAAGGCUGCCAGAGCGGCGGCGGGUUCUACGAGGCGGUGCGAUCGGGAAACGUCAAGCGCGUCUCCGCGCUGAUCGCCGCCGGCUGCGUGCAAAACCUCGACGAACCGGAUUGGAACGUGUCGGGCGAUCCACCCCUAUUGGUGGCGGCCACGAACCAGUGCCUACCUGUGCUCAGGUAA